AUGAACGCUCCAUUAUAUCAGCGUAUACAGGCCCUUGAAGUAGCUGUUCUGAAAGAUAACAAACAUAUUGAUACCAUAUCAGUAGCACCAAGGAAGACUAUUAACACAAGAGAAGAGGUGGAGCAGCUGUUUUCGAAAGCAUUGAGUGCUGGUGAAGAAGGUAUUGUUGUGAAGCGGAAAGAUGUGACGUAUCAGCCGGGUACCAGAAUGACCAAAAAUGGUUGGUUCAAAAUGAAAGCUUAUCUUGGUGACAACGAACUGGAUGUAGCAGUAGUUGCUAUUGACAAAGGCAAGGAUAACCAGGUGACCUACCAGCUUGCUGUCCGAGAUGGUGACAAAUACCAAACCAUAACACACUGCUCGUCAGGGCUUGGUCGAGUUGAUAGGGAUUAUAUUUACGAUCUUGCCACGCGGUCUGAAGGACCACUUUUGCAGAAAGCUCCUCCAGAGUUGCGUGGCUGGAAGAUACAUGAUCCAAAAGGAGGCUAUAUUAGAAGGGAGCACUGGAUAGUCGUCGAGAUGACGGCAGCUGGAGUUCGCGAUGGUCAGUUCAUCGACCCAGUUAUGAAACGAAUACGAUAUGAUAAGGAUGUGGAUGAGGUGGAUACGCUGAAGACAUUCGAAAGCUAUGAAGAGGUGUGUUCGUAUGCGAAUUACAGCUAUGGAUGUGGGCGCUCAGAGAAUAUGUUCCAGUUGCUCCACAACAGCAAACUAUCGGAUAAGAGUCCAUCCAAAGCGAAACCCAGAAAAGUAACGAAAAGAAUGAUUGUAGAGUCAAGUGAGUUUUCCUAGUA